AGCUUGUUCAUGCGGCGUCCGGCGUCUCCUGCGCUUCCUUUCUGGGCUUGCCUGGUUUGCAGUGCAAGUGCAAACCAGUAAAUUAUUCAAUUUUAACUACAAAAUAGUCUUUAACUCAGAUCUCUUUGCAAGAAAUACUUAAAGAAACAAUUAAAGCAAGCAUGGCAGACAACCAGGACUUUGAAAUGGGCAACGGGGAGGAAUACCAGGAGGGAGGAGACGACAACGGUGAUAUGAAUGGAGGCGGCGGCGGUGGACCGGACAGCGGCAGCGCUGAGGCCCCAGGAAAGGACGAUGACCGCAAACUGUUUGUUGGCGGUCUCAGCUGGGAAACAACGGAUAAGGAGCUGCGCGAACACUUCACCAAGUUUGGUGAGAUCGAGAGCAUCAACGUCAAGACUGACCCAACAACCGGACGCUCGAGGGGUUUUGCCUUCCUUGUUUUUAAGUCUGCUGACACACUCGACAAAAUCCUAAACGCCGGUGACCACGUCAUCAACAACAAAAAGAUCGACCCCAAGAAGGCCAAGGCGAGGCACGGAAAGAUUUUUGUCGGCGGUCUUGUUCCGGAACUUACAGACGAUGACAUCAAAACUUUCUUCUCAAAUUUCGGAAACAUCGUCGAGGUGGAAAUGCCAUUCGACAAGCAAAAGAACCAGCGCAAGGGCUUCUGUUUCAUUACUUUCGAUUCGGAGCAGGUAGUCAAGGAGCUCCUGAAGACUCCCAAGCAGACCAUCAAUGGAAAGGAGGUCGACGUUAAGAAGGCCACUCCCCGACCCGAGAACAUGCCCAUGCGUGGCGGCCGUGGAGCUAGAGGAGGCCGAGGACGUGGAGGUGCCAUGCGAGGCGGCCGUGGCCGCGGAGGAGGCGGCGGUGGAUACGGUGGCUACGGUGACUACUACGGCCAAGGCUAUGGCGACUACUACGGAGGUGGAGGCGGCGGUGACUAUGGCGGCUACGGUGGUGGAUAUGGAGGAUACGACUACUCAGGAUAUGGCAAUUACGGAGGAUAUGGAGGCGGCAACCCUGGAGGCUACGGAGCUGGCGGCAAGCAGAGAGGCGGCAGAGGCGGCGCCCGCGGAGGCCAGAGACAUCAGCCAUACUAAUCGAGACGAAACAAGCACGUCCAUUCCAGGGCCUUGGCUACACAAUUGAGUGUUGUGUAUUAUUAAAUUUAUUUAAUUAGCGAGUAAUGAUUUAAACACUAAUGUCGUCGACAGUUCUGUCCUCUUUUCGGUUCUCUGUUUUAAGAUAACACGUACAUACGAGAUGAAAUAAUAUAGUCAUCGAUCAUGACCUUGCUGAAAUUAGAGCUCCUGCCUGCCUAUCGAGAACUCGCAGCGAAUUAUUGAGACAUUCACACGCAUAACACUCACACAAUCAUCAUCGUCAUGCAUCAUUCCAUAGAUGGUUCUGAGAUUUGAAUGGAAAAUGACGCCCCCUCUGUUUUGUACCUCCGAUUUUCGUAUAUGCGGGGAAUGUAUUCAUCCACUGUAAUUUUAAAUAAAAUGCUUGCUCAUAAGAA